AUGCCCGUCUAUCGUAAUGCAACACGCUGGAGCAGCACAUUCUCCAUGAUCGACCGCUAUUUUCGCAUCUAUUCGAAGUUGGACCGCAUCGACGACCAAUUGGUGGACUUCAUUCCCACCCCCCGAGAGAAUGUCCGAUUGAAGGCUCUGUAUGAAGAUCUCAAGAACUUGGAGAGUGUGAACAAGAAGCUACAAACAUCGACGGUGUCCCUGCUUGAUGUGCGGGCUCUGUUUGAUCAUGUCAUCAAACAUUACCCUGGUACGGAGUUGUACCUGUCACCUACGGCCUCUUUGGUUAAGUUCCCCGACUUCGAGAACGGGACUGUGGCGACGGAACUGCAGGAGGAAGGUGAAGAUGCCCAUCAGUCCUUUGCCGAGGUUGCCUUGAGUCAGGAGGAAGUGACGUCAUCUAGAGAGAACCUGAAGUGGAUCCCGCCUACAUCUAACGACGUGGAGAGGCUGUUCUCACGUGCAGGAAUUGUGUUCUCACGUCUGCGCCGAAGUCUAAACCCAAUGACGUUGGAGACGAUACUCUUUUUGCAGUUCAAUAGGAGUUUGUGGGAUGCAAGUGCGGUUGCGGAGGCAAUUGAGCUCGGAAAGAAGCGGACACGACCUCGAGAAGAAGAAAACGCGGACUGA